UCGGACCAGGUUCUACCCGGAUUCCGAUGGUAAAACGAACACUGCCACUGACAGCGCAUUAAAGCUUUCACUUCAAUCCGUUUCAAAGUUCUCGCAGCAUCAUCAUCCGUGGUUUCUUUCAAUGGGCGAGGUUGUAAACGCUAUCGUCGCUUUUGCAGUCAUUGUCAUCAUCUUCCGAUGGGCAACUUCAUCCAGCGACUCUUCCAGUAGGAGGUCGGCAUCUUCAACUCUUGGUUUCAGGCCAAAGAAUGUAACGCAGGAAAUGGUUAACCAGAUACAUUCCAUGUUUCCAAACAUACCACAAGAUAAUAUUCGUUAUGACUUGCUGAGGACAGGGAGCGUCGAGAUCACCUCGAAUAAAAUUUUGGAGCGUGGAUAUCUUGAUGCGCCCCCUCCAGCAUAUUUCACUGUCUAUUCACGCACAGAGGUCCCCCCACAAGCUCGGCAAGUUGCUCCUCAAGGGCAAUCGACGAGUUUAGCACCAACCCCGAAAGAGAACCUUAUAUCCCGUUACAAGCUACAAGACCGAACGCUAUCCUCCACUUUCUCACCCGAAGAUCAUCUUGCCUUCGGUAAAGCCAACUGGGAGGAUUCGUCGGAGAAGCGCGAGGCUAGUUUGCAGGAAAGGAAAGCACAGAUGAUUUUGGCCGCCAGACAACGAUUGCUGGCACAGCAAAUUCGGAAAGAAGAGACAGACGCGGCGCCAGGUUCUUCGUCGUCAUAAACAUCUCAUUCUUGCAACAAUUACUCAGAUGCCGUGAUUCCUUGCAUAAUAAGCGUUACCAAAUGCUCUGUACUUAUUGUUGCUGUUUUGUUCAUACAUCCCAUGUCUCAUCAGAUCCUGG